CACGCCAAAUCGCCUCGCCUGUGGAGAGCUGGACAGCUAGCCGCUUGCUAACCUUAGCGCCCGACCGACGGGGCUGUUGUGGCUGCCUGCUCCUCGGAAGCGCUGGGCAUCACGAGCAAGUUGGAAGCGUUCAAGCAACAUAAAUCCAAUGAGAAAUUGUGUCGCCGACGAGAAAUAGCUUAGCUGUACACGAUAACACCAAUGAUACAUGCACGUUUCCGUGCUAAUUAAUAAAAGUGCCGACGGAUCACAUCAGUAUGCCACCAACGCGAUCGCCAGUGACUUCCCUAAACGCUAAAGCUAACCAGUAGAACGUCGCUAAAUCGAAGCGUUUCAGUCAUGAUGUAGAACAGUGCUACUCAAACUUUGGACACCAAGAAGCACCCCCAAAAACAUACUUAGCUCGCCGACUACCACAAAAAUAGCCAACAUUAAAAUACAGGAGCUGAGUAGGCCUAAAUAUUGAUCAAAAACGAGACAGCAGUGUAUUCCCAAGCGUGUACUUGUACAAGAAAAAAAUCCGUCAUUUUUCGUGAAUAAACCAAAAACUCAAAAGUGUUUACACGUGUACAUCGAAGACUAUAGAUGGAAUAAUACUACAAGAAAUCUAAAAAAAAAAUUACCAUGAGUAAAAAUAACUCGCAACGAAUCAACAAUGAAGUCAUAAUCUUAUAUGAAAAACAUUAGAAUAAGGUUGAAAUAUAAGAAAACGAACAAAUAAUUUGACAGGAAUCAAGUCAAAAUGUUUUCUUGACACUCUACACACGUACAUUGCGAUUGCAAGCAGCUACAUCUCCAGUACAAACAUGCAAACAUUUAUGUAGGCUGAGGCAGGGGAAUUAAGGGAAAAAGAAUCAUCACGUUUCAUUUGAUUGAAGAGGAAAUCAUGAUUAAUACACGAGUGUUCAUUGAUUUAAAGUAAAUUAAUAAGUAAAAUAAAAUCUUCCAAUAAUUGCAAUUAAAAAAUACACAUAAACACCACUGUGUCGAGGCAAUGUGGUACAGUUUGCCGACAAGAAAGUGUUGUCAUCCAUGUUUACCUUGAGGCUGGGGUCUUAAACUCAACUUUUGUGGGGGCCACCCACCAGAGAUCGAGUCUGGGUGUGUCUGGGCCGCAUUAAAUAUACCACAAAAGGGGUUUUAAGAUUUCCAAAAAGGUACAGCGAAUCCAAUCUUCUCAAUCUUUAUUAAUAACAGUUCAGGACAUUAAUAGUUCUUCAUAACUUGAAUAAGAUUGGUGACCCUGUCCACUCUUUCAUCGCCCUGCUACUUAGCAUGCUCCAAAGCAUUUCUACUUGAGUAAUGGCGGCUGAUUUCUGGAGCACUCCAACUCUCUCUGUGUAUUCAAGAUACAGAAUGUCGCAGUACCCUUGUCAUCAAUAACGACAAAAAAACAUUCAGUCUCCUGUUUUACUUGAAAUUGAUUGUCCUCAUCGCCAACCUUUCUUUUCAGUGAAGUGUUUUUUGUUUUUUUUACGGCAGGUUUAGGGAAAAAAAACGCAACUCUUUUGGGAGUGGGUGACAGAAUAUCAUUUCCUUUCACUUCGUGUCACUUCAGAAUCACGUUUUGUCAAAAGCUGUCUUGAGCCUGAGCAAUGGCAGCCCAAAAGUGAUUUUAAAAAAUGAUGCUCAGUGCAACGACAUGGCAAAAAAAAGCACGGGCCGCAAAAGAUCAUCCUGCAGGCUGCAAAUGACCCCCGAAUUGCAAGUUUGAGACCCUUGCCUUAAAAUAUCUCCACAUGGCUGACGUUGCACCUACCCGGAAGCGAUCAAAGGGACAAGCUUCUAAAGUGCAAAAUGGUUCGCUGCAUCAGAAGGAGACAGUCCAUGACAAUGACUUUGAGCCGUACCUCACUGGUCAGUCAACUCAGAACAACAGCUACCAGUCCAUCACCGACCCUUACCUGUCCAGUUACUACGCUCCUUCCAUCGGUUUUCCGUACCCACUCAGUGAGGCUCCUUGGUCCACAGGCGGGGAUCCUCCAAUUCCAUACCUCACCCCCUAUGGACCCUUGAGCAAUGGCGACCAUCAUUUCAUGCCGGACACGGUUUUCGGCCAGCCGGGCGGCCUGGGGAGCAGUGUUUACCCUCACAGGUUUAAUUUUUUCCCCGAAAACCCUGCCUUCUCCGCUUGGGGGACGAGCGGCUCCCAGGGCCAGCAGACUCAAAGCUCAGCCUACGGUGGAAGCUACAGCUACCCGCCCAGCUCUCUUGGAGGCACUAUUGUGCCUGACGGUCAGACGGGCUUUCACAGUGACACGCUCAACAAAGCCCCCGGUAUGAACAGCCUGGAGCAGGGCAUGGUGGGUUUGAAGAUCGGGGGCGAUGUCAGUGGCCAGGCAUCGGCGGUCAAGGCAGUGGGCUCUGUAAUUGGUGGGGCCGCCACGGGGAACGGAGCCACGCCCAUCGGGAUGCCCCCAUCCAAACCCACUUCCUGGGCAGCCAUCGCCAGCAAGCCGGCCAUGCCGCAGCAGCUGAAAGCUAAGGUAAAGCCCGGGCUGACCACCCUGGGGGGGGCCCUCCCCCCACCGCCCAUCAAACACAACAUGAACAUUGGCACUUGGGAAAAGGGACCCGUGACCAAAGUGGCCAUGGCUGCGCUGCAGCAACAUCAACAGCAGCAGCAACAACCUCAUGGUCUGCCUCAUGCCAUGCCCCAUCAAGCCCCCAUGCAGCCUCCCCCUCCCCCCUCACUGGUGCAGCCUCAGAUGCAGCCCAUGGGCUUACAGCACCAACCGCCCCAGCACCACCCGCCGCCCACUCAGCCCUUCCAAAACCACGGCCAGCCCCCGCAGGCCCAAACCCGUUGGGUGGCCCCACGCAACCGCAACCAAGUCUACGGGCAGGGAGGUCCCAGCCACGACGGUAGCGGGAUGAUGGGUCUGCUCGGUAGCGCAAGCUGUGGCCCCCAGACUUGUGCCAGCCAGGGACCUGGUGGCGAGUCCCACCCAGUGCUGGAGAAGCUCCGUGCCUCCCACAGUUAUAACCCCAAGGACUUUGAAUGGAACCUGAAGAACGGGCGCGUGUUCAUCAUUAAGAGCUACUCCGAGGACGAUAUCCAUCGCUCCAUCAAAUACUCCAUCUGGUGCAGCACGGAGCACGGCAACAAGCGAUUGGACUCGGCCUUCCGCGCCAUGAACGGCAAAGGCCCCGUGUAUCUGCUCUUCAGCGUCAAUGGCAGCGGCCAUUUUUGCGGCGUGGCCGAGAUGCGUUCGCCAGUGGACUACGGCACCAGUGCUGGUGUUUGGGCACAGGACAAGUGGAAAGGCAAGUUUGACGUAGACUGGGUGUUUGUUAAGGACGUGCCCAAUAGCCAGCUCCGUCACAUCCGCCUGGAGAACAACGACAACAAGCCGGUGACCAACUCGCGCGACACGCAGGAGGUUCCUCUGGAGAAGGCCAAGCAGGUGCUCAAGAUCAUCGCCACCUACAAACACACCACCUCCAUCUUUGAUGACUUUUCUCACUAUGAGAAAAGACAGGAAGAAGAGGAGGAAGUGCGCAAGACGUUUGAACCUGCUCAGACUCAGAGCCGCACUCGCUUGGAUCAGGAGCGCCAAAACAGGAAUAAGCAAUAGCGGACGUUUAUUUUUGGCUUGGUCAAGUUACACGAGGACAUGAUUGAUUUAAGAGACAGAAGAAAUUAAAUGCAAACAAAUCCUUUGUGAUUUUUCUUCAAUUCUGGGAUUUUUUUUUUUUUUGGCCGUCAAUGAAUUUGUUCUUCCUUUUGCCCGUGUACCCUCUACCCCACACCCAACACUUCUUGUGCAGGGAUUGAGUUGAUUUUGUGUAUUAUGAAUUACCUCCUUAAAAUCAAUUUAGUCUAAAACUAUAUAUAUAUAUAUUUCCUUAACAUCUCGCUAGACUGGUCGAGUUGUUUCUUGCGCCCACUAUCUCCUCUUAUCUGAUCUCUUCAACUGCAUCAGGUUUUGAUUGUGUCCUCCCAGAAUAAAUCUGCCACUUUUAUUUUUCUGCACAAUCAGGAAUGGUCAUGUCCUAUCCCUAUUUGUCCACGUGGGGGCAGCGUUGGCAAGUUGUCGAGGUAUAACCACCAACAGGGAUGGAACGUCCUAAAGGCAACUUGGAACUGUGCUAUAAUAAAACUUAGCUGCUUUAGUUUUCAUUCAGAUUGACAAAUUCUCUCUGUUUUUUUUUUUUUUUUUUUUUUGUGUACGACUGACAUCGUUAAUGUUGGUUUUCUGGAGCUAUAGUUUGUUUUUCUUCCCAGAAUCGAACUAUAAACACAGUGACACUGCUGGAGAAAUCAGGGAUCGUGUGACAUCACACAAGACUUGAGACAUUUCAGAGGAGUAUUCUGGGAUAGAACUAAAAAAAAAAAAAAAAAAGUCCUCCAAAAACCAGGACCACGAUUCGCCAUUUUAACAAACAAAAAAAAAUCAUCAAAAUGUAUUCUCCACAUCAUGCAUCCACCACUUUCCAUUUUUACAAUCAAAAUGUCGUUGCUUUGUGUUUUGCUCCAAGAAAUCUGUCACUAUUCUGUCUUAAUCCUCAUGUGUUAUUUUGCCCCCCUAACAACUCCCACCCUGAGUUAGCCAAGUCCAUUUUGACUGCCAUGCUAAGCUUUAAUGUAGAAGCCUAUAUAUUCAUGGAGGAGGCCUCAAAAUUUAUAACCUAAUCAGAAUAAUUGUAACUGCUUUACAUU